AUGGAGGGCGUGUACCAUGACGACCUACUGCAGUGGGACACCCUUAACUACCAUAAUAUCUCCUAUAACACAACCGAGUGGGUCCCGUGGAAUGUUUCCGAGACAAAUAGAACCUGGUGGGAGACAUCUGAUGCGUUGGACUCCCCGGCAGCAUUGCUCCGGGCAGCCGUCAUGGCAGUCCUGCUAGGUCUACUUAUACUGGCUACCGUAGUUGGUAAUGUAUUCGUGAUAGCUGCAAUAUUGCUGGAGAGGCAUUUGCGGAGUGCUGCGAAUCAGCUCAUACUUUCUUUGGCUGUUGCUGACUUGCUGGUGGCAUGUCUAGUGAUGCCCUUGGGGGCUGUAUACGAGGUCGCUCAGCGCUGGACGCUGGGACCAGAACUUUGUGAUAUGUGGACCUCAGGAGAUGUUCUGUGCUGUACUGCAUCUAUAUUGCAUCUCGUUGCAAUUGCACUGGACAGGUACUGGGCUGUGACUAAUAUCGACUACAUUCAUGCGAGAACGGUGCGACGAAUCGGUUAUAUGAUUGCGUGUGUCUGGAUCGCCAGCUUCUUAGUAUGCAUCGCGCCUCUUCUAGGAUGGAAAGAUCCCGACUGGAACAGACGCGUAUCUGAGGAUUUGCGGUGUGUUGUAAGUCAAGAUGUCGGCUAUCAAAUAUUUGCAACAAUGUCCUCUUUCUACGUACCAGUGCUCGUAAUAUUAAUUUUGUACUGGCGGAUAUAUCAAACUGCUAGGAAAAGAAUACGACGGCGUCAUGGAGCGACUGCAAGAGGUGGGGCCGGUCCCCCGCCUGUCCCCGCUGGCGGGGCUUUGGUCGCAGCAGGAGGAAGCGGUGGUAUCGCUGCAGCUGUAGUGGCGGUCAUAGGUCGGCCUUUACCUACUAUAUCAGAAACGACUACUACGGGAAUGACCACUGUAUCAUCUAAUAACACAAGCCCGGAGAAACAAUCAUGUGCAAACGGGCUCGAACCAGAUCCCCCGACUACGGGGUACAGCGCGGUUGCCGCAGCCUACUAUCCAUCACUCGUAAGGCGUAAGCCCAAAGAAGCCGCUGACUCCAAGAGAGAGCGCAAAGCGGCAAAGACAUUAGCAAUAAUCACCGGCGCGUUCGUUGCGUGCUGGCUUCCAUUUUUCGUGUUAGCUAUAUUAGUACCAACGUGUGACUGUGAGGUGAGUCCGGUACUGACUUCUCUGUCGUUGUGGUUAGGUUACUUCAAUUCUACUCUGAACCCAGUGAUAUACACGGUGUUCAGUCCAGAGUUUAGGCACGCAUUUCAGCGGUUACUCUGCGGCCGCAAAUUGCGGCGGCGUCGGGCUCCGCCCUAG